GGAUCCACCAUGCUGUACUUCCAGGUGGUGAUUUUAGCAGCGACGGUGAUGCUGGUUUAUUACUGUGAGUUCACCGACACCUUCAGUCCAGCAGAGCAGGGCUUCAUCUGCAGAGACCAAACCCUCUCCAAACCAUAUCCAGGACCAGAACAGCGCAGUCGGGUCCAGCCUGUGAUCCUGUACUCUGUGCUGGGAGGACUGCCUGUGGUGCUGGUUUCAGGUGUAGAGCUUAUCAUCUUCCUCCUUCAUUACAACUCCAACAACCUGUACGACCAGGAGAAGGCCGUGGUGAUGGGGGACUGUUGCUACUUGAACCCCAUGGUGCGCAGGACCUUCCGUUUCCUCGGUGUGUAUGCCUUUGGUCUGUUUACGACAGACAUCUUCAUGAAUGCAGGUCAGCUGAUCACAGGAAAUCUGGCUCCUCACUUCCUGUCUGUCUGUCGGCCUAAUUACACCGCUCUCGGCUGCCAGGACACGGCACUCUUCAUCAGCCAAUCAGAUGCUUGCAUGGGUGACCUUGAUGACAUCAUUAGGAGCAGGAAGACGUUUCCGUGUAAAGAGGCGGGGCUGAGUGUGUUCAUGGCUGUUUACCUCUCUAUGUACAUCAUGUCCUGUUUGGGCUCAGGUGGGGGGCGUCUGACCGGCCCCCUCCUCAGCCUCUCAUUGGUCGGUCUGGCCAUGUUGACGGGCAUCAACAGAGUGGCUGAGUACAGAAACCACUGGAGCGAUGUGAUUGCAGGACAGGCCAUAGGGGGCGCUAUUGCUGUCUUUCUGUCUCACAGCUGA